CCGGCCCAAUACUACUUAAGAACAUGAAUGAUCAUCACCUAUCGUCCACGCCUUCUCAACCACAUCUAUAAUAAGUUUGGCUUGCUUAUUUGAAUUAGAGAAGAAUCCUUCAUCCUAAUCAGGUAAUCAGGACAAGUCGGACUCACCUUAAGGUAUUAGAAUCAGAUACUAUAAUCCUCCAAUACCUUCGAGCCAAUCAUUACUCACAAACCCUUCACCUCAACUUACGUCUUGCAAAGGGUUGUUUGUUGGUUGGUUGAUUGCUUGCUUGCUUCAACUCUUCCUACAAAGGAAGACACACGGAGAAUCAUCUCUCCUUCUCCUCUGAUUCUGAUUAAUGGACAUCCCUUGAAUUGAAUUCAAGAACUUCAUAAGUAUCAAAUAAGCCAGCAAACAUUCACCAUCAUCAUCAUAGCACCAUCCCUUUCCACCGCAGAACCCUCCCUCUCAUCAUGGACGCCUCAACCCCAGCAGAUGGAUUCCGAGACCGCAUCCUCCACCAAAUCCACAGAGUCUUCUUCGACUUCCUCCAAGCGUCUUCAGACGACACAACCCCAAUGCGAAUCCUCGGCGAUACCCCAAAUAGCAUACUCGAUCCUAAAGAUCCUUUGGAAUCUAUACGCCCCUUCGUGACAGAAAUCCAGAACUGCGUCCGUGAAUAUAAUGCAAAUAUCAAGACUUGUUUCAUUGCAGUCAACAUCUACCCUGGCAAGCACUCCUACUUUGUGGUCGACCUCAAUAAUACCGAGUAUGACUAUCAGACUGCUCAUGAAUGCAAGACAUUGGUACCCGUUUAUAUCCUACGUUUAUCAAAAAGAAACCCUAGGGUUUAUAGAAAACGGGAGCUGGAUGGACAACUUGCUGAGACUCUUAGAGUCAUGCAUAAUGGCCACGGUUGGGAUCCUCCUCUUCCGUUGGUUGAUGAUUAUUGUGAUCCAAAUAGACAGUAUAGUGUGGAAGAUUUGUUGCAUUGA